UGGAUGGGGAUGGUCCAGCAGGAAGGAGGAGAGAGAGGGAGAAAGCAGGAGCUGCUGCUGUAUGUGUGGGUACCCACCGCAGUUUUCCGGUCUCUUUCCCUGGAUACCCAGCGGAUGCUAUUCCUUCCUCAGCACACCAGUUUCUCGUAUCGAAAGUCUGCUUUCAAUGCCAGUCGUCGGGAAUGAUUUCUGCGUGUCGCUCUCUCUGAAUUAUCGGCAUUAAUCGGGGAGGGGAGCCGAGAAGCGCGUUGUGCCUCUGGACGUUAUUCGAAGUAAUGCCAGUACCAGACCAGCCCUCUGAGAACUCCAGCAUGUUGAGCCCAGUACUGAACGCCUCCAAUGGAGACGGGUCCGAGACAGAGACCACUUCUGCCAUCCUGGCCUCUGUAAAAGAACAGGAGCUGCAGUUCGAGCGACUGACGCGGGAGUUGGAGGCUGAGAGGCAGAUUGUUGCCACCCAGCUAGAGAGAUGCAAGCUGGGUUCUGAAACCGGAAGCAUGAGCAGCAUCAGUUCUGCAGAUGAGAAGUUUCGCUGGAACAACCAAGAUGGACAAAAAGAUAUAGAGGAAGAGCUUACCACCGGUCUGGAACUUGUAGAUUCCUGCAUCCGCUCUCUUCAGGAAUCUGGUAUUCUGGAUGCACAGGAAUUCACUGCGGGCGAAAGACCAGGCAUACUCUCCCAGAGUGCUUUGCAGCUCAAUAAUCAAGAGGGCGCUUUUCCGUAUCCAGUCAGUUACCAUAGCAACCAGACCCUGGCUCUCGGCGACCUGUCGGGCUCCCAGCCUCCCCGAGGUGGUCAGGUGGGAGGAGCCUUGCAUAGCUAUAACCAGGUGACGUCUAAUCGUGUUGCCCAGCUGGCUGCCAGAGAGACAGCCUCCCGGGCCCAUUCUCGAGACUCCUUUGACCAGAGUCAUGGCAGUGCAUGCCACAUGCCUGACGAUCAGCCAGCAGCCCCUGUAAACUAUUCCUGCUUCACUCUCCCAGCCCAGCGAGUGAGCUCUCAAUUUUCCAUGCAGGCUUUGGGCUCGCCGUCCAAACUCCAGAGGCUGGGCUCAGCCUCCGACAUGCCCAGCUACGCCACUCUUGCGCGGGUGUCUUCGCCCAAGCAGUCUCCGAGCCGGCUGGCCAAGUCCUACAGCACCAGCUCGCCCAUCAACAUGGUGGCGGGAGGGUUGUCCUCCUCGCCUCUGCACAUGGCGACGGGACCGGGCAACGCCUCCAACUCAUCUCCGUUACACCAGCUCAGCACCAUGGUGGGAAGCUACGCCACUCUGUCUCCCACCAAGCGCAUGCUUCACUCCACCGAUCAGUACAAGAUCUCCCAUGAUCUGUAUGCCAACGCCACACUCCAGAGGCCCGGCAGUCUGGCAGGCUCCAGAGGUUCGUAUAGUAGUCAGCACAGUCACAUGGGCUCAGAGAUCAGACCCCUGCAGUCUCCCGAGCAUCACAUCGACCCGAUUUACGAGGACAGAGUCUACCAGAAGGCUCCUCUGAGGAACUUCAACCAAGGCCAAAAUCCAAUGAACCAGUUUUGUGAGCAAGUCGUGAACUUUCUACUCUGUCCCUACUCUCCUGUCGUAGCCCCUUCCUCUCCUGGUGUUGACUCCAUACCCUUGCAGCGUACAGCAAGCCAGAACGCCACGGGAACGUUCCCCCGUGCAGGCUAUGCCACCGGUCCUGGUGCCUCCACCGUAGACUAUGCCAACCCCUACCGUACUCUCCAGUUCUGCCCCUCCACAGACUCACCCUACAGUAAAUCAGGACCUGCUCUGCCUCCGGAAGCAACACUGGUCAGGUCGCCCUCUGUAGACAGCAUCCAGAAGGAUCCCAGGUACGACCCUGAAUUCCUUGUCUGGAAUCAAAAUCAAGCCGAGCAAAGAAUGACAAAGGAAUUUGGCUGGAGGGAUCCUGAACUGCCAGAGGUCAUUCAAAUGCUGCAGCAUCAGUUUCCAUCAGUACAGUCGAAUGCUGCAGCCUACCUACAGCACCUGUGUUUUGGAGACAACAAGAUCAAAUCAGAGAUACGAAGACAGGGUGGUAUCCAGCUUCUGGUGGACCUGCUGGACCACCGUAUGACCGACGUGCACAGGAGUGCCUGCGGCGCUCUCAGGAACCUGGUUUACGGCAAGGCCAAUGAUGACAACAAGAUUGCGCUGAAGAACUGCGGUGGGAUCCCCGCCCUCGUGCGGCUCCUGCGCAAGACUACAGACGUGGAGAUCAGAGAGCUGCUUACGGGUGUGCUGUGGAAUCUGUCCUCGUGCGAUGCUCUGAAGAUGCCAAUAAUUCAGGACGCUCUUGCCGUGCUGACCAACACAGUCAUUAUUCCUCACUCGGGCUGGGACACCUCUCCCCAUCAGGACGAUCGCAAACUGCUCCUGCAUUCCUCACAGGUGCUCCGCAAUGCUACCGGUUGCCUCAGGAACGUGAGCUCAGCUGGAGAAGAGGCCCGCCGCAGGAUGAGGGAGUGUGAGGGGCUCACUGAUGCUCUGCUUUAUGUCAUUCAGACGGCCCUGGGCACCAGCGAAAUCGACAGCAAGACUAUCGAGAACUGCGUGUGUAUCCUGCGGAACCUGUCGUACAGGUUGGCUGCGGAGACGUCUCAAGGGCAGCAGAUGGGAUCGGAGGAGCUGGACGGGGUUUUGUGCACCGAUGCCAGCGGCAAGGAUGCUGAGAGCUCCGGCUGCUGGGGCAAGAAGAAAAAGAAAAAGAAGAGCCACGAUCAGUGGGAUGGUGUUGGGCCUUUCCCUGACUCCAGUGAUCCUCCUAAGGGACUACAGAUGCUGUGGCACCCAUCUAUAGUGAAACCUUACCUCACUCUGCUGUCUGAAUGCUCAAACCCGGACACGCUGGAGGGAGCGGCAGGGGCUCUACAGAACCUGGCAGCGGGUAGCUGGAAGGUAGGCCCCAACAUAAAACCUUGGUCAGUGUAUAUUCGAGCAGCGGUGAGGAAAGAGAAAGGCCUGCCCAUUCUGGUGGAGCUGCUGAGAAUAGACAAUGAUCGAGUGGUGUGUGCUGUGGCCACGGCUCUCAGAAACAUGGCUCUCGAUGUCAGGAACAAGGAACUCAUAGGCAAGUACGCCAUGAGGGAUCUAGUCCAUCGUCUGCCGGGGGGGAACAAUAACAACAGCGCUGGCAGCAGCGGCACCCCCAGCAAGAGCAUGUCUGAUGACACCAUCACAGCGAUCUGCUGCGCUCUGCAUGAGGUCAUCACCAAGAACAUGGAGAACACCAAGGCCCUGCGUGAUGCGGGUGGCAUCGAGAAACUCAUCGGCAUCGCCCGCAGCAAAGGCGACAAACACACACCAAAGGUGGUGAAAGCAGCAUCUCAAGUCCUCAACAGCAUGUGGCAGUACAGAGACUUGCGAAGCCUCUAUAAGAAGGACGGCUAUUCUCAGUAUCACUUCAUUGGCUCUUCAUCCACAAUUGAGAGAGACAGACAAAGGCCUUAUUCCUCCUCUCGCACUCCAUCUAUCUCUCCGGUGCGGACCUCGCCCAAUAAUCGAUCAGCAAGUGCCCCCACCUCCCCUCGGGAAAUGAUGAGCUUGAAGGAGAGGAAGACAGACUAUGAGUCAACUGGAACCAUUUCUGGUUACCAUGGAAACAAGGGCGAGCACACCUCUAGAAAAGAUGCCAUGGCAGCUCAAAUCUCAAGUGGAACAUCUACACUGUUCAGAGGUGCUUACAUGUCUCCUGGGGAUGACAUCAAACAUAACCAGGUCUCCGCUCAAGGCAACCCCCCUGAAGCCUAUCCUCCCUUCCAGACUCCCCCAGGAGCCAACUUUGAGGAGCCUUACUUCGAGGACCAAGCUCAUAAACGCCCUCCGCCUGCCGCCGAUGGCACCAUGCACCUGGGACUGAAGUCCACGGGGAACUACGUGGACUUUUAUUCAGCGUCUCGCCCGUACAGUGAACUCAACUAUGAGACGAGCCACUACCCGGCCUCGCCAGACUCCUGGGUGUAGAGGCAGGCUGGAGGCUGGCCUACGGACACAUGACACAGACCAGCCCGGCAUGUGCAUGAACACUAGUAGACAUCUCACACACAUAUACCUUCAGUUCGGUUCAGCGCGACAGCGGGCUGCCAGCCAGCCAGCCAGCCGGUGAUCAACGUCAGGAAAGAGAGAAGAUUUUAGGGAAGGGGUUUCCGAAAGGCUCAAGGCAUGUGUUUUACUGAACGGACCACUUGAACUUUCCCGAAACAGUGGGAGAAUUGGAAUAUAUUUACGGACGUAAACGGAAAAGCGGUAGCUACAUGGUGCAGAGAUCACGUGAAGCACAAGAAAACAACACUGGACACAAGCUCAGAAAGUAGUUUUCACACAUUUUAUGACAUUUUCUUAUGUUACGUCAUGCUUUUUACGGCGCGCUAUCUCACUCUUAGCCUUUAUAUCUUUUUCUUUUUUUAAUUUGCUUGUUUUUUGUACCUCCUUUUUAACUUAACACUCAAGUCUGGUGUAAAGUACUUGUUGUAUAUUGCAGAUGUAGAGACAAGGUGCAUUGUGUAUAUUACGCAAAGACUACUGUGUCCUCCUCGUGGCUCGAUACGUGGUUUUUCUUUUUAACAGGGAAAACGACACUCACUCAACUCCAGCAUUCUCUUCUAUGCGUAGACAAGCAGCAGAAAGUGUAUAAUUCAAAGGUGUAGUUUGCUCUAAUGUGAUUUGUUUUCUUUUUUCUAAACUACAAAUAACUGAUGACGGAGCAUCACUGCCUGGACGGAGUUUACCACCAAAAAUAAGAACUUUAUCAGGCCUGUCUGUCAGUUUUUGUCUCGGCAGUUUUAAACACACGUUUUCCCCAACCAUACUGAGGGUCAUUCUACAAGUGAUCUGUGCUUAGUUUUGUAAAAUGUGCCAAACGUGGUAAUCCCUGACCCAAGGGGUGUUGUAGAUCCGCCGUUGAAGUUGCAUUUAACGGCACGUCGUUUGGUUCUAUCGACGCCCGUAUGUAAAUGCUUUUUUUAUGUGUUUCAACAGCAUUCACACUGUAAUGACGACAGAGGGACAUGGUCUUCGAAAGCUACUUUCCCUCCAAAGAUGUACAAUUAGUUUAAGCGGUGUUGUAAAAUAGACAUUUGCUAAAUCUGCUUUUUCCUUCCAGAGAUCAGUGGUUCUUAAGCUCAUCGUAGACAAAUCUGUCAAUAGAGUAUGGAUUUAUAUUAUAAAUACAAAUAUAUAUAUACUUUUUAAUGUGCAGAUGUGGAUGUCACCUAAUGCAGAAACAUUGCGAGGAAAAAAACGCUAGUUCAUUAGGGUUUCGUUCACCUUUAUUUCGAAUCCAGACGUUGACCUCCUGUUGUCAUGUUGUUGCUGUGUAAAACAGGUGAGACCAGGGCUCUCGACACAGCGCACGUGUGCGAUAAAGUUUCUAACGUUGACUAGAAAAGGUGCUAAAUCUAUGCUUACUAUAACACACUUGUUGUCAUUUUGCUUAUGUUGUUGCUACCUUUUUAAAUGAUUUGAAUGCGUUUUCAUAUUCUUUGUAAAUCAGAGGCCCCUAAAAUAAUAUUGUUGAUCCCUGUAAAAUGUACGCCCUAUUAAAGAUGCAUCUCUUUUUCCUUCAUCGUUUAUAUCUUAUCUCAGGUCAUCUUUGCGUUUAGAAGAUUGAUGAACAUUCCUUGAGCAGAAGAGAUUGAAAAGAGAACAGAGAGUGAUGCUAUAGCCCAUCAUCAUAAUGUGAUAUUAAACUUUAGACUCGAGUCUAGCAGAUUUUAGGAAGGUAUGAAGCGCGGUUAUAAGCCCUGGUCUUACCUUCAUAUCACUUAGAGAGAUCAUUUUCAAAAACGAGGGUCAGGAUAAUCCCCCAAAACUCACACAUCUUUCUGCACCAUCGAUAGUGAACGUCUGAGAACAAGCAAAAUAUCUGUGACAAAGUAGACAUAUCAGACAACCUGUAUUGAAGAUGUAAGUAAAACUUUUUUUUCUGUUGCUAGACAAAGUGUUUGAGAGAAUUGUGAACCUUUUUAAUGCCAGGUUGCAACUGCUAUAUAAACUAAAUGAGAAUCAC